CCCCUCAGUCUGACGCCCCGCGCUUACAGGUAAACAUCGCCGGCCUGUCUCUCUCUCCCUCGCAGCGUGAGGCGUAUAACACCUAAGUGUUCCUUCUGAGUGUCCUUCUCAGCGCAUAUGCACGGACAAUUUGCUUUUCUCGGGAUUAAGGUAUACGUGGCUAGAAUUCAGAUAGUCUAUGGCCUCUAUCCUGACUACGUAGCCUAAUCCUGUCUGGUCAUAAGUGGAUUCUUAUCACGAUAUCUAAGCAGCUUCUCUGGCUCCUUGCUUCGCUAUCACCCCCAUCACCUUCCAAGAUCACACUGAGAAACCUCACGUCAUCAGUAAAACGGAAUUUACUGAAGAUGAUCUUUGAGGCUACGGAUGCCAAAUACACGACCCAUCAACCUUGGAAUAACUAAGGCUCCACUGCAAUUCACCUUUGAGGAUGUCACUACACUUGAAACUGUUAUGGAUUCACGGUCUUACAUGACUCCUGGAGCUCUUGAAGGCAACGGGUUCCAGGAAUAUAGAAUCCGCAUUGAACAGCCACUGUGAAGUAUGAAGCCGUUAUGAGAAUCAUGAUGAUUACCCCUUGUUAGGAUCAGCCGAGGUGAAGGUCAACGGCCAUUAAACUGCAGCUCUAACGACCACCGGUAACUGAUAUAUAUAAGCUGCCUCGCAAGGGGGGUCUCUGGGAUUAAUUGUCACCCAGGCUUCAUCCCCUCCUCAAAGUUCCCGUCCCAUGGCGGCGUGGAUAGGAACCAUCGUCCCAGCGGACGACUGGUAGUGACGGUUGGGCUGUCAUGGGCAGCGGAAGUAGCGCACAUACAACGGAGGUGGAGGCGUACGGCGACAACCCUUACCAACUGGAAGACGACGACGGAGUGGCCACACCUCUACGACCUGCCUACGCGCCGUCGUCCCAACCACCGCCGACCUCCCAUCCACCGGGCCACACUACAUUCUCCGCCGGUUCCUCCUGCUUCAGGGAUCACCCACAGGUGUCGUGGGCGUCGUCACACACCACUACCCAUUCCUUACCCUUCCAACCCACGCCUCCUCCGCCCUACGCCCACCCACACAUGGGGUGCUAUCCUAUAGAAAUGGAGGCCGUAACAGGAACUGGGGUGGUAUUAUCUCGAGUAGUGAGGGUGUUGGAGGCCACCCCUCCCCCAUAUCUACUCCUCCCUGACCACCCUAAUAUACCCGUCUCCCCCGCCCACUCCAAGAGACCGCCCCCAGCCCCACCCAACACCGCCCACGGCCGCAGGCGCCACUCGGACAUCUCCCACUACCCGGGACUUUCAAAAUCCCAGACCAGCUCCAAUCUGGUGUCCGGACACGGAGUCUGCUUCAGUACCCACGCUGCUGGACCCCCAACCUCCCCGAGUCCCAGCUGACGACAGCCGUCAGGAGAAUUCCAAUCACCGUCACGAGACUUCCAAUCGCCGUCACGAGACUUCCAAUCGCCGUCACGAGACUUCCAACCGCCGUCAGAAGACAUCCAAUCGCCAUCACCAGACUUCCAGUUAAAGUCAAGAGACAUGCAGUCACCGUCAGGAUUCUCCCAAUCGCCGCCAGGAGACGUCCAAUCGCCGCCAGGAGACGUCCAAUCGCCGCCAGGAGACGUCCAAUCGCCGCCAGGAGACACCCAAUCACCGAGCAACGAACGCGAAGAAUUGCUGUAGAUAAUUAGCCAUAAAUUAGAGACUCCUCCCCAGCUAGGCUUCAUCACCCCCACCCACUUACAAAAACUCCCCAUCUUUCCCCCUAAUCAUGAGGGCUUAGUCUAAAUUUACUAAACAGUUUACGAACUUUGAAACUUCACAACCCAAGGGUUAUCAUUGUUAUAAACAACCUCCCAAGUGCUUCAGAGCCCAUGAGAGGUGUCAACAAAUGUCAACAAAGCCGCCAUGACUGAUGAACGCUGUAGAGGUUGAGUUAGUGGUUGAUGAAGCCUAGUGAUAACCUUGCCGUAAGUUGCGGGGUGUAGCCUGCAGCCCACGAACACUUUACACCCAGUCAUCCUCGACACAGAGGCGCCCCAAAGCGCCAUUCUAGUUAAGGAAAUAAAGUGAGGAAAUGGUGACAGUAAAACUAGAAAGAUGAGUGUGUUGGAAACUGUGUCUGCUGACUGUAGAAGCUGAGGGUAGAAAAAAAAAGCAAUGAGAGACGCGCAACACAAAGCUUGCCUCAUAAAGUGUUGCAGAGGCUGACAUAGGCUCUGGCACGAAUCUUAUUUUCUCGAGGUUUCCAUCUUAGAAGUCAGUGAUGAAAGUACAUUUUAAGCGAGCAGUUGGAUAGCUUUAAAUAUGCAUAUAUAUAUAUAUAUAUAUAUAUAUAUAUAUAUAUAUAUAUAUAUAUAUAUAUAUAUAUAUAUAUAUAUAUAUAUAUAUAUAUAUAUAUAUAUAUAUAUAUAUAUAUAUAUAUAUAUGUAUAUAUUGCUCCGAUGAACUACUGAUGGUGUUAAUAGACUUGCAGGACAAUGAGGUCCGCAGUACUGGGCGGAUGGAUCAACAGAAAGUAAACUUUCGUAUUACUGAAUUUCUCACAAACCGGAAAUGUUUUUGCAAAUAAAAUCUAACCUAACCCUUCUAUAGGCCUAAAACACGCUCUCUGAGGCCUAACAUAGUUCAAAUAUGUGGUAUUCUAGGCCCAGGAACACCUGAAUUGGGUUUUUAACUGAAUUGUUUUGCCGGAUUCUAUAAAGUGAAUGGUACCAACAUCACGUCAAUAUCUGUACAAUCGUCCACAUGGGUACAAAAAGUAUUAUCCAAUUAAGAGGAUAAAUUGGAGGGUCAGUAGGUCGUCAAGGGGGGAUUGGGGGGGGGGGGGUACAAGCCUCUCCCCGAAGCAAGGAUUAUCAGACCAUCCUUCUUACAGUGAGAUUCAGCUCCAACUUACAGUGGGAUACAGAGCUUCUUUACAGUAAAUUACAGCAUUUCCUUAAACCGCAAAGAAAAAUUUUCAGUGACAGCUGAAAUGUCCACAAUUUUUUGUUUGUUUGCCAUUAGCUUAACAUCCAACUAAUGUUUUAGACCUUAUAAGCCUAAAUAACCUUAGAGAAAUAAGCUUAAAUUCCAAUAAAACCUUUAUUACCAUAAGCUUAAAUCCAAAUCAAAUAUUUAGUGGAGAAACUUAAUGCAAUGCCGUAGUGCUUGAAUGAAAGUGAUGGAAGGACUCGAAAUAUGUAAAUAUGUUUUAAAAAUUAUAUUUUCGGAUGUAACCUACAUUCUUUCCCAAGGUGUUGUAAACAAUGCUGUAAACAUUGUUUACAAAGGAAUACGAUUAUGUUAUUUAGGAAAGGUAUAAUAAUAUACUAGAAACCUGGAA